AUGGCAAAGAUGACUACGACAUCACUUCUUCCACUGCUUUAUGCAAGUGGCAUCUGCGCCCAAUAUGUUCCUGUGCCAUGGGCAUACACACAAGACGAGCCUCCUGUGAAGGUCACCGUUGAUGCUACGGUACGAUAUCAAACCAUGAUUGGGGGUGGCUGCUCAGGAGCUUUCGGCGUCGCCUGUGAUCAGACCGGAUCCCAAGGGCUUUCGCCCUCGAACCAACAACUCGUCAGCGAUUACCUUUUCAGCGAAAACCUGGGAGGCCUUUCCGUUCUACGCAACCGAGUCGGUUCGAGCCCUACCGAUGGCAUUCUUGGUAGCUGUCCAUCGACACCUUCAGCACCGGCCAACUAUUCAGGCCUAGGAAUGAACGAAUCCACAGCCGACAGUUGCCAACUCAAACUCACACAGCAAGCUAUGAACGCCAAUCCGGACCUUUUUAUCUACGCCGACGCCUGGUCUGCUCCGGGUUGCUUCAAAACCGAUUCCACUGACAUCAAUGGCGGGCUGAUCUGCGGUGUGCGCGGAACCAAUUGUACGCAUGACUGGCGACAGGCAUAUGCUGACUACCUUGUGGAAUAUGUCAGGCUGUAUGAAGAGAAGGGUAUCAAUGUUAGCUUGAUAGGGGCUUACAACGAACCGGAUUUCAAUCCCGUCACUUACGCUAGCAUGGACUCUGACGGGUAUCAGGCUGCAGACUUCCUGGAGGUACUCUAUCCUACCGUCAAGAAGUACCGCAAGGACUUGCAGGUAUCUUGCUGCGAUGCUACUGGUGCUCGUCAAGAACGUAAUCUCCUCUACGAGUUGGACCAAGCUGGUGGCGGUAAGAACUACGAUAUAGCGACAUGGCACAACUACCAAAGCAUGCCAGAGCGGCCCUUCAAUACGCAAGGUCAGCCCAAUAUGGAGACGGAGUGGUCAGACGGCAGCGGCUCCUUCAACACGACUUGGGAUACGACAGGGCAGCUUGCAGAGGGUCUACAAUGGGCCAUCUAUAUGCACCAAGCCUUCGUCUUUAGUGACACGUCCGGAUACCUACACUGGUGGUGUGCGCAAGACAACCCGGGAAAUACCACCGGUAGCGAUGCCAUUCUCGUUCGCCUGGAUGGCGAUACAUUUGAGGUCUCUCGCCGUCUCUGGGCUUUCGCCGGCUACUUCCGUUUCGCACGCCCAGGAUCGGUUCGCAUCGAUGCCAUCAGUCCCGCAGAGAACCUCAAGGUCACGGCGUUCGAGAACAAGAAUGGUACGCUGGCUAUCCCUGUUAUCAACGAGGCGCAUUUUGAGAGGCAGGUUGAGCAACCGUACCCCCAAUCAACCCUGCCUGCCACCCGCUCAUCAACCUUGACUCUCCGUGCAGUAGCCUCAGGACCACACGCCACAUAUAUGCAAUCAGAUACGGCAGAAGCCGCUCAUUCAGCCAUGACAAGCCCGAAUCUUCCUCUGCAACCUCAUCCGGAACCUGCACAGAUCCCGAAUCCAGGACACAGUCAGAUGAUGGUGCCUAUGGGCUUCGCAGCGCAGCUGCGAGCAGUGCAAGAAAUACAGCAAGAGCAGGCAGAACGUAUUUCCAGAUUGGAGCAAGAGAACGCGGAUCUCAGGAAUUUUGAACGAAGCAGUAUUGACGUCGCUGAUCGGGUCCGAGCACUUGAGCAGCACAAAGCCUAUAUUGCCGCGAGACGUAGGGAGGCAGUCGGCCAACUUCUCAAUAUGCGGACCCUACACCAAGAAGCCGACAACGCGUUUCAGCUGCGUACAUCAGACAUGCAACCAGAUGAUCUCGAAGGCAUAUUGGGAGUGUACGGCACCAUGUUGACCACCACAAUGAACCACCAUCAGCGUGUGCUUGCCCAAACGCGUGCGAACGGCCACUUCCUUACUAUCGCCACGCGUAUUCAGCUGCGUACUCCGAACAUGGGUACUGCUAUGUCCAUAACAUGCCUUAUCACUGUCGUGUUUGCAGCAACCGGCAUACUGACGUUGAUGCUCUACGCAUCCAUCAUGGCCCAGAAUCGAGGAGCCACUCUUCUUGAGUAA